UUCAUUGAGAGAGGCUAUAUAUACAGAGGCUGCUGCUUGAGAGUUGCUGAACUUUUUCAUGCUCUCUCUCUUCUUUCUUCCUCCCAAAGCAAACCAAAAACCCUCACAAUUCAGAGUCUGAAAAUCGCUCCCAAAACCCACGCACAGAGAAAUCCCUUCUUUGAUUCUGCCCAAGGUUUCAAGUUUCAAACCAUGGAGUGGGUUCGGGGAAAGGAAAUCGGUCGGGGAAGCUUUGCCACCAUCUACACCGCAAAGCCCAAAAACCCAUCUUCUCAACUUCCGCCAUUGAUGGCCGUCAAGUCUGCUGAAUCCUACUACUCUGCUUCGGUCGAGAACGAGAAGCUUAUCCUGGACCAAAUUGGGUCUUGCCCACAAAUUAUCCCCUGCUUCGGAGAUGAUCGGACCGUCGAGGACGGCGAGGAGUUUUACAAUUUGAUGAUGGAGUAUGCGACCGGAGGUACUUUGGCCGACGAGCUCAAGAGAAACGGCGGUCGUUUGGCCGAAGCCGAUGUUCGACGACACACAAAUUCGGUGCUUAAAGGCCUCGGCUUCGUCCACGCAAAAGGGUUUGUCCACUGCGACGUGAAGCUUCAGAACGUUCUUGUUUUCGACAAUGGAGUGGCCAAGAUCGCCGACUUUGGGCUCGCGAAGAAAGCAGGGGAAGCAGCGCAGAAAGCCGAAGUCAGAGGUACUCCUCUGUAUAUGGCGCCUGAAUCUGUUAACGACAACGAGUACGAGUCGUCUGCUGACGUUUGGGCUGUUGGGUGUUUGGUUGCGGAGAUGGUGAGUGGAAAACCAGUCUGGGAUCACAGCCCCGGCGCGAAUAUUUUCAAACUCCUGAUGAGAAUCGGAGGAGAUGAGUUGCCGCAAAUUCCAGAGGACUUGUGCGAAGAAGGAAAAGAUUUUCUGGAAAAGUGUUUUGUCAAGGACCCGAGAAAGCGCUGGACGGCUGAGAUGCUUCUGAGCCAUCCUUUUGUUUCUGAUUACGACGCCGUUUUGUUGGAAGACACCAAGCCAUCACCAUCUCCGAGAGGCCCGUUUGAUUUCCCAGAUUGGGUUUCGAUGGCAAGUUCAGAAAUUUCAUCAGACUUGGGCCAUUUUUUCCAAAAGAAUGAUUUGAAUUCCGGGUUUGAUUGGUCGUCGAGACAGAGUUCUAUUCCGGCGGAGGAUCGGUUGCGGCAGCUAGCCACGGAGGAGACACCCAAUUGGUCUUUCUCCGGAGAUUGGGUCACAGUCCUGUGAUUCAAUAAUUUUGGGUAGUUUUCUGAGACAGAGUAGGAGAUGGGUAGAAAAAAAGAAACCGAGGAAAGGAAAGAGUCGAAGGUUCUGAGAUUCAAUUAUUUGUUGAUUAUUUUUUGUGACGGUAAAUAUGGAGUAGGACAGUAACAGAUGAUUUUAACAGUCUGGUCUUACUUUGGUAGAUGAAAUGGUCUUGAUUGGCGCCACGAAUGGGUGACCAAGUGUACAGACAAUUUUGGAUUGACUUGAGAAAUAUAAUAGUUGAGAUUAUUUUCCAA